AUGGAAUCGCUGGCCGAGCAGACGUGGGAUGUCAUACUCCACGGCACUGGCCUGCAGCAGUCGCUGCUAGCCUUAGCCCUCUCGCGGUCAGGAAAGCAAAUUCUGCACCUCGACCCAAACGAAUACUACGGCGGCCCCGAAGCCGCCUUCAGUCUGCAGGAAAUUGAAGAGUGGGCUGCUGCGAACGCCGCCGCCGCCGCCGCCGACGAUGCAGCCCGGUCCUCGCGCGUUUUCACGCCGGCGAUCGUGAGCAAGCCAGAGGUAGCGACGGGUUCUGGACCUCCUCUCUCUUUCCCGAGAGCCUAUUCCCUCGCCCUCGCGCCGCAAAUCAUACACACCCGCUCAGAGCUCGUGAAGCAGCUCGUGUCCUCGCGCGCGUUCCGACAGGUCGAGUUCCUCGCCGUCGGCUCCUUCUUCAUCUACACUCCACCAGCCGCCAGCGGCGGGCCCGAGGAUGAAAAACCCAGCAUCGUGCCGAUCCCCUCUACCCGCGAGGCCGUCUUCUCCACGACCGCGAUCCCCGCAAGGGCGAAGCGGUCGCUGAUGAAGUUUCUCAAGUUCGUCUUCGACUACGACUCGGAUGAGAACCGGGCCGCGUGGGCUCCGCAUGCCGACAAGCCUCUUUCGGAGUUUCUGUCAUCUGACUUCAAGCUCGAUGCCGCACUGCAGACCUACGUCGUCACACUGACCCUGAGUUUAGACGGCAAGGUCACAACCAAGGACGGCUUGGCAGCUAUCCAUAGGCACAUAUCCUCCAUGGGCGCCUUCGGACCAGGCUUUGCCGCCGUGUAUCCCAAAUGGGGUGGCCUCUCCGAGAUCGCACAAGUGGGUUGCCGCGCGUGUGCCGUAGGCGGCGCAGUCUACAUGCUAGGCACGGGUGUAAAAGCCACGCGCCAGCUUGACGACGCCCAGGGAGACGGCGCCCGCUUCGAGGUCGACUUGACCAGCAACGUCACGGUGAAAUCCAGGACGUUGAUCCGCGGCGCGGAAGAAGUCGCGUCUGAUAGCCAGCGCGUCAGCAGGUUGAUUGCCAUUGUCAACUCGCCGCUGUCGCCUCUGUUUGAGGCUGUCGUCGAAGGAUCACCCACACCUGCUGUGGCAGUCAUUGCAUUCCCGGCCAACUCCAUCCUGGACGUGGCAUCAUCAUUCCCCAUAUACGUCUUUGCUCACUCGAGCGAGACUGGGGAGUGUCCAACCGGUCAGAGCGUUCUCUACCUCGUCACUCCAAAGACAUCCACCUCAACCGAAGCCUUGGAAAAGGCUUUGGCGUCUUUGCUUUCUGCCCUCGGCAACGGCGAUGACCAACCACAGGCAAUCUACAAGGUCACGUACGAACAGGCCGGAGCGGCUUCGUCAGUCUCCGCGGAUGCAUCAGACGUCCUUCCCAGCCUGCCGCUCGAUCUCGCCUUUAGCGACACGGCUCUAGGGCCAGUAAAAGAAGCCUGGACGAAAGUCGUGGGCUCUGCAGCUGAGGACCCUGACAUUGUGUACAUGAAGUUUGAAGAUCGGGAAGGCGUCGGCGAUGAGGAGGAUGUCUACGAGUAG